AUGGAAGUGGAUGCUCAUUCUUCUCCUGUGGCUUCAGAGCUACGGGGGCAGAGGCAGGAAGCCACAGCCGAAGGUUUCGAGGGUGUUGAAGAGUCUGAUGAGUGCACUGGCAAGCCGUUGCCUGCUGAAGGUGAAUUCAGCUUUGAUAGACAUCUUGAGUGCCUUGGAGAGGAGCUUGAGGAAGUAGGGACAGGGCGGCCCAUGCCUUCACAUCUUGAUGCCUUCGUGCCUUCGGAGAUAGACAGUGAGCAGAGAGAAGCUUGCGCGCGCGACCGAGAGUCUGCAAGGGAAGUAACCAAUUGUGGUGACAGCAGCCUGCUAAAUGAUGCUUUGGGGGACUCGGUGCUUGCUCUGGGUAGGAGUGUGGUGGACAUUCCUUUGCCGUGGGAGCAGGAGAGCAUGAGUUUGGUCUUUGGUGAAGAUGAUUCAGUGACAAAGCUUUUGGCAGGCCUCCCGAAGCACAUACCUGUGCCUGCUGUGUCCAGCUCUAGCAUUCAGCCUUCAGACCUUGUUGCCGAGCCACCGGCAAAACGCGCACGGCAGAUGCCUGAGAGUGGGGAGUGUUUCAGGGUUGCUAUUUCUUCGAGGGCCUACGACAGUAAUGAGGAAAAGGAAGAGGCUCAAUGGCGACGUGCUCUUGAGAAGUGGCUAGUCAUACUUACUGAGUGCCCAGGGUCGUCAUAUAUCGGAGAAACGGUUGCCAUCCAAAAGACUGACGACGCAAUUGAAACCUUGCGUGAACUCUUUGGGCGAAAGAGUGGCAGUACAGUCAUGAAAAGGGGAUCGGCCCUCAUGGGAUACCUCUCAUGGGGGCGAAAGGAAUGCAGGGGCGAUGACCUUUUCCCUUUCAAGUCCUCGCAUCUGGAUGGCUAUUUAAAGCACCUUAAGAGAGAAAAGCGGCCCGCCGGGGCUUUCACCAGUUUCCAGGAGUGCGUGAAUUUUGCCAUACAUGUGGUCGGCAUUGCUGUCGACGAGUCAGUCAUAGGACCAAAGCAAAGCACUGUGUGGAGCCAUUGGAGUAAAGGCAUCAUCGGUCAGGCACAGCUGACCAAGGCACAGCGGUGUUACAUCUUCAGCAUGGGCUGUGACAUGGGCCAAGGUUGCAGAGGAGGAGAGGUCACAAAGUGGAUGCGUGCGUUACUUGACAAGGCCGGCUGUGAUGAUGAGGCUGCAUCGCCGAGCAUGCCUGCGUUUGAGGCUUCUGAUGAGGUUUGCGAGAGUGAGUCGAGCGACAGCUCGAGCGAGUCGGAGCCUGAGUCCGGAGAUGAAUGGGUCAAGGGCGAGGACUUCCGGCAGCGAGCAAGCCUAGGAUCAUGGGCCAUGGGCUCGCUAACGGAAUCUACGGCGGCCUUUGCAUCAAGGGCGAAAGAGAUUGGCUUGACCCAAGCCAAUGUGGCCACGAUAACGGGGUCAGGAGUGGAUACGCUCUCCAAAUUAGCUUUUGCAACAGUACCGCCGGGCCAGUCUCCGAGCGAUGAUCAGGUACAGCGGCUCUUCGGGGCCGCGCCCAUCACGGCAGGGACCAUGGCUGCAGCAAAGCAUCUAAUCUUUGAGGCCCAUACCCUCGUAGUCCAAGAGUUAAAAACUCGAGUUCAGAGGGGGGACUCUGGAGCACCUUCGACGCUCGCCACAGCCGAGAGGGAAGAGCGCAUCACCGAGCAGCGUGCAAGGAUCACGGGCCUUUUGCAUCGCGGAGUAGAAGAGCCUAGCCAUGCUUCUUAUGACUUGGUGUACGCCAUGCUGUCUUCGGAUUCCUUGACUUAUUUAGGGCCAGACAGGUUCCCGACCAGACAGUCUGAACUUCAGGGCAAAAAGCCAGGGAAGGAGCUUACCAUCGAUGGGAACAGUGUGACGGUGAAGGACAAGGAGUUGCCACCUCCUACUUAUGUGAAGAUUUCAGUGGCACAGGUGCUCAGGGCAGACAGGGCAGCUUUUACCCGCAUAGCUGAGGGUCUGCCCUCAAUCAAGCGCCAGCCCGAUGGGACUUUACCCUUGGACCGAGCCCUCGAGAACAUUCUUCAGGAUCCCAGCAUCAGUUUCCACCUGUUGCCUUUGAAAGGUGGAGAAAGCGACGAUAACAAGCGGAAGUGGACAGAUGAAGCCAAAAAGACUGAUGAAGCGAAUAAGUGGAAGAAGAAUGGCAAGGGCAAGGGCAAGGGAAAAGGCAAGGAUCAGCCGGGAGUUAAAGGGGCCAAGUUCUCGCACUUUGCAUGCAGUUGCUGA